AUUAGGUUGUGGGCAAGUGCGCAACAUGAAGUUCGCAGCAAGCGUGACCCUACUGUGGUUGCUGGUGGCAGUUGGGGCCGGUCCAGUGAAGCGGGUUGUUCGUGAAGCACGGCCACAGUUUCCAUUCGGUGGCAUUCAGAAUGCGGCUCCACCUUCGAACGGUAUCGGAGUGCAGACACCGAUCGGUGGUUUUCAUCUCGGACUUUCCACUGGCCUCACGGUGAAUCUGGGUCGCCGACCAGCCGAUCCAACGGUCGCUCCCGAGGUACAGCCGGAGUUACUGAGCGAAGGAGUGCCACCGAUUGGUGAUGGACCUGGAAUCCGCUCCGAGGAAACCCUGGCAAGUGUUGCCCCACCGGCUAGUGACGCUCCGGUGACCGAGACAUCAGAGGAUCAUCCGUGCUACGGUUACGACCCGAACCAACCGGUGGCCGCUAAUGCGACGACUGAUGACAGCUCAACCGCAAAUCCGUGCGGCUUCGAAGGUAACAACCGAAUUAGUCCGAAACAGGCAGCAUUGCUGUCGCUUGUUGGAUGAGUAAUCCGCGUUAUCGAGAAUGUAUCUUAUUUCAAUGAAAUAAAAGUGAAG